GAUUUCCUCUGCUUCGGUGUUAAGUUAAAGUGAUAUUGAAUUUCCCAGCGGGCACGAAGUGGAAUUUCAAAUGUAACAUGUUUGUCACUCUUAUUUCGUGUAGGAGUUGGUAAUUGUGAAAGAUCAGUAAGAGUCUGUUCGGGUACUGGAAGUGUUGUCUAUCUGUGAUGAGGAGUACUAUAAGAUGCCUGAGCUGUUCCACCUGGACUCGUACGAGGCGUGCCUCGGCUCGAGGCAGGUGUACUGCCUCGGCAGCUUCGAGCUCGCGCCGCUCAACCAGAGCAGCCGCCUGUACGCGGACAUGAAGAGGUACUCCACGAACGAGGUGGACAACUUCAACCACACGCGCCUGCACCGCGGUCUCUGCCUCAGCCGGCGCUGUCCUCAGCCGGACUACACGCUGCAGCCCAUGGACGCUUGGUUCUCGUCGUGCGUCAACGCAAGCACGGUGUCGUCGCACCAGCUGUCCGCGCGGCUGUACAAGCUGGAGUACUGCCGGCGAGGCGCGCCCCCCGCGCCCCCGCUCACCGCGAGCGAGCGCGCGCUCGCGUGCACGCUCGCCGCGCUGCUCGCGCUCGCCGCGCUCUCCACCGCGCUCGACUUGUCCCUGCCUGCUCAUACUAAGAGAGGUCUAAGCUGGGCUCUGUCAUGGUCGCUGCCGGGGUGCUGGCGCGCCCUCCGCGCCCCGCCUCCCUCCUCCGCGGACACCGACCUGGCCGGCUUCGACGGGCUCCGCGUGCUGGGCAUGAUGUGCAUCAUCAUCGAACACGUGUGCUGGCUCAACACGCUCUCGUACCAGGUCGAAGCCAGGACCGUCGAGAAGCUCCGGCGCGCGAGCGACGUGAUGAUGAUGACCAACAGCACGCUGGUGGUGCAGCUGUUCUUCAUCAUGUCGUCCUUCUUACUCGCGCACAAGCUGCUGCAGCAGCGGCGGCGCGGGGAGCCGGUCAAGUUCUUCUCCACGGUGUUCGAGACCAUGUUCAACAGGUUCAUCAGGAUGAGUCCCUCCUACUUCAUGGUGCUGUGGUUCGCGUCGAGCUGGUGGGAGAGGCUGGGCGACGGCCCGCUGUGGACCUCGCUGGUCGGCGCAGAGAGCGCCAUCUGCCGGAACAAGUGGUGGACUCAUCUGCUGUACUUAAACAACGUGGUGUAUGCUGACGACAAGUGCCUUAUACAGACCUGGUACCUAGCAGCGGACAUGCAGCUGUACCUGUUCUCCCUCCUCCUGACCCUCCUGUUACUGAGGUUUCAGCGCGGCGCGCUCUACAUUCUCGGAGGGUUGUUCGUCGUCACAGUCGGUGUGCUGUUCGGGUCGGCGUACUGGUGGCAUCUCGUGCCCAACAUCGUACUUCACCGCCCUGAAUUGAUCCGGGAGACGUACCGCGGCGACCUGUCGUUCAACCUGCUGUACCAGUCGCCGCUGGGCAACCUGCCCGGCGCGCUGGCCGGCCUGCUGCUGGCGCACGCGCACCACGCGCUGCUGGACGCACAGCGCUGUCUCAACGACUACAAGCUUUUCCGCUGGGUGUCGGUGGCGUCGACGCCGAUCGCGGUGUGGUGGGUGGCCGCGUCCCCGCAGCUGGCGGCCGAGCAGCGCCUGUCGGCCGCCGCGCUCGCCGCGCUCGAGCGCCCCGUAUUCGUGCUCUUCGUGUUCCUGGCGCUGCUCGGCGCUAUGCAGGGAGUGGAAUCGUCGAUGCGCCGCGUGCUGUCGUGGCGCGGCUGGGUGGCGGUGGCGCGGCUAACGUUCGGCUCGCUGAUGUUGCACAUGAUCAUCAACAAGUCUCUGGUGGCCGCUCGUCUUGCACCCACGCAGCUCGACAGGCAGACCGCGAUCCUGGAGUGGUUCGGCGUAGCGUUCGUGUCGUACCUGGCGGCGACCCCGCUGGCGCUGCUGGUGGAGCUCCCGCUGCAGCGCCUGCACCGCGCGCUGACGUCGCGGCGCCGCGCGCGCCCGCCGCCCGUCGCCGGACAGGCCAAGAGCGACGCACGCUGAGAGGGCGACUACGUUGUGCGCAGUGCGACUUUGUUAUUUACAUAUCACCAUCGAUAGUGCGAGGGGCGAUGUAAAUAGCAAAGUGGCACUUGGCGCACUGAUCACUGCUGUGUUAGGCCCCGGCUCCAUUGCGGCGACGUUCAACGACGGAUCAACACAGAACCUCAAUACCAAAACCUGUGAAAAACGACGUAGCAGCAAGCUACGAGAAGCAACAACGGAGCAAUGGGCCGGUGCCUUAGGGAAAUACAUGUAUAAGUGGAGGACCUGUUCCAACUGAAAUAGUGUUAACUGCGACACUAGGCGCCCCAUUGAAGCUUAAUUUUAUUGAUUGAAUAAAAUAGCGGUAAUACCUAAAUGCCAUUACAUAGAUAAAGAUUUUAUAGUUCUCCUGUAAAACACGUUACACAAAAAUAAUACACCACUCGAACGCGAGCGGCGGCGCCCCCCACGUCUGACCAACACCCCCUCACCCCCUGGUGCCGCCCAUAAAUAAUGUAUUAACUAUGCCAUAAAUGUUAUCAUUUUCCCAAAUGGUCUGAUUGAUAAAAUUAAAGUAGUUAGGUAGGUAUCUAUAGUAGCGGAUUUACCCGAGGCAUUUGGCGAAAUGAUCGCAACUAAUAAUAUAAAUAUGAAAGUAAGUUUGUUUCCUCUUCAUGCAUUAUCUACUGGACCGAUUGUUAUGAAAUUUGGUACACGGGUAAAAAAUAACUUGGAAUAUAGGGGCACUUUUUAUACCGAUAUUCUCACGGGAGCGAAGCCCGGGGCGCAGCUAGUUUUUGAUAAAACUACGAGCAACAACCAGGAAAUUACAGAUAUAACCUACGAAUAUCUUAAAAGAUUAUUCUUACAUAUUAUAAAACAAAUCCUCUGCCGCGUCUGUCUGUUCGCUAUAAACUCAAAAACUACUGCUCGGAUUUUCAUGCGGUAGUGAUAAUAGAUAGAUAGUGUGAUUCCUGAGGAAGGUUUAGGUGUAUAAUUUAAUAUGUUUUACCCAAGCGAAGUCGGGACGGGCGGCUAGUGUAUAAUAAGCUAGCUAGCUAAAUAGUUGAACUUGCCAUGAAAAUGAACAAAAUGACCUUGAAAAACUUAACAAAUUACAUUAUUUUCACAGUAAACUAAUAUAUUCCCGCAUCGGUAGGUGCUCCAUACAGCCAAAACAUUUGUUGUCUCUUUUCUUAACGCUGUGUGGGAGCACCUGUAGUAUUGAGUUUGAAUAUGUCCAAUUUCAUAUUUCUUUUCAUAUUGUCAAACAUAAUUUGAACAUAUUUUUUGCCACUUAAUGAAAAGGAGAUAUAGAUACACCACUUAACAUUGUAAUCUUGUAAAUAGAUUGUGACUCUCUUUUUAAUCCGUGUCCGCAGUAGAAUAUAAUAUAACAAGGAAUAACAGAUAAGCAUCAUAUCUUGUUGUAUUGUUCUUGGUUGGAAAUUCCAAUUUAGCAUAGGAUAUAAUUCUGAUUGUGAUAGUAUAGUUAGGGUAGGGUAAGUGGUGUAAGACUUAUAUUAAGUGGUGCAGAGGCUGAGAAAUAAAAUUUAAAUAGUU